AUGGAGCGUUUCCUUGUGAGAGUCGAGCCACUCCCACAACUGGAGCUACAAGAAGCAGACUGCCGUCGCCGGCGCCAAUCUUCGUCGCUGCAAGUUUACAUCAAGCUCUCCUACCAUGUCCACCGCCGACUGAUUUGCGUAUCACCCAAUGGAAGACGAACCCCUCUUGGUAGCUUAUGUGACCAAUCACUCCCAGUUGCUUUCUGGUUGGAUUUUAGCCUCUUAAAGAACAAGCGUGCCCUGUACAAUGCUAUUUCGCCAAGGUUGGCUGGUCUAGGAGUGGAAUCACAUCGGCUUGAUAGAUUGGUUUUAAAGAUAAUGGAGAGAGUUGAUAAGAUUAGCUACUGGGUAUCCAAGAAACGCAAGUUUUUACCAUUGCUGUUCAAGAUAGUUAACGAAAAGAUUUCUUUCGUCGUCGAUGAAACAGAAGUGAUUGACAGAAUUAUGAUGAGGGAGUCUGAAAGAGGAAACUAUGGAAUGGUGCCAACCGCUCGCAAGUCAAGGAUACUCAAGUGCGUGAAAGUGGGUGACAGUGAAAGUUGCACCAUAUGCUUGGAGCAGCUUUUGGAAUUUGCUGCGAGCAUGCCUUGUGGCCAUGUUUUUCAUGGAAGCUGCAUUCUUAACUGGCUGGAGAAGAGCCACUAUUGUCCUGUUUGUCGUUUCGAGAUGCCCACUGAAAAAUAA